GUCGCCAUGUCUGGACGUGGAAAACAAGGAGGCAAAACUCGAGCUAAAGCCAAGACACGAUCAUCUAGAGCCGGUCUGCAGUUUCCAGUGGGCCGUGUCCACCGCCUCCUCCGCAAGGGCAACUACUCCGAGCGGGUCGGAGCCGGCGCGCCGGUGUACCUGGCGGCGGUGCUGGAGUAUCUGACCGCCGAGAUCCUGGAGCUGGCGGGCAACGCGGCCCGCGACAACAAGAAGACGCGCAUCAUCCCGCGCCACCUGCAGCUGGCCAUCCGCAACGACGAGGAGCUCAACAAACUGCUGGGUAAAGUCACCAUUGCUCAGGGCGGCGUCCUGCCCAACAUCCAGGCCGUGCUGCUGCCCAAGAAGACCGAGAGUCACCAUAAGGCCAAGGGAAAGUGA